CCGUCGCCCCCGCCUCCGCUCCCGCCGCCUCCCGGGCUCUGUAGUAUGGCAUCGAGGAGAAUGGAGACCAAACCCGUCAUCACCUGCCUCAAGACCCUCCUCAUCAUCUACUCCUUCGUCUUCUGGAUCACUGGUGUUAUCCUCCUGGCCGUCGGCGUUUGGGGAAAACUCACAUUGGGUACCUACAUCUCUCUCAUCGCCGAGAACUCCACCAAUGCCCCUUAUGUGCUCAUUGGAACUGGCACCACGAUCGUGGUCUUCGGCCUGUUCGGCUGCUUUGCCACAUGCCGCGGCAGCCCCUGGAUGCUGAAACUAUAUGCUAUGUUCCUGUCCUUGGUGUUCCUGGCUGAGCUCGUGGCUGGCAUUUCAGGAUUUGUGUUUCGCCAUGAGAUCAAGGACACUUUCCUGAGGACAUACACCGAAGCCAUGCAGAACUACAACGGAAAUGAUGAGAGGAGCCGGGCGGUGGAUGACGUCCAACAGAGCCUGAGCUGCUGUGGCGUCCAGAACUACACCAACUGGAGCAGCAGCCCCUACUUCUUGGACCACGGAGUCCCCCCCAGCUGCUGUGUGAAUGCCAGUGACUGCAACCCCCAGGAUCUGCGCAAUAUGACCGUGGCUGCCACCAAAGUCAACCAGAAGGGCUGCUAUGAUCUGGUGACCAGUUUCAUGGAGACCAACAUGGGAAUCAUAGCUGGAGUGGCUUUUGGAAUUGCAUUCUCACAGUUGAUUGGUAUGCUGCUGGCGUGCUGUCUAUCCAGAUUUAUCACUGCCAAUCAAUAUGAGAUGGUUUAAUAAGUCUUUCAGGGAAGAAAAAAAAGAGAUCGUUGGAAAAACCGGGAACCGCGGCGAUCCUAGGAAGACUCAGAGAAUGUUAGAGAGCGCGCGUGCGCGCACACACCCCCACACACCCACAUACACCACCCCCACGUCCAUGAAUCGCCACACACACAUACAUGCCCCAUGCAUGUGUGCGCGUGGGCCCAGAUGUGCCGACACAGAGACACGGCUCCACUUUUCAAACCGUUCCCAUGCUUCGGAUCCCAUUCUGUGAAGUCUUGUCGUCCCACGGAAGUUGACCAGGUCAUUCAUUGGAGGCCGACUCCGGCCUCAAAAUGUCGGGGCGGAAGGGGAGACGGGGAGACCCCGAGUUUACGUGCUGGGGAGGUCACAUCGUAGAUAAUGAACAAAAGUAACCCGUUCGGGCCUGGUUCGGGUUUUGCAUGAAUGACUAAAAGGCAUCAUUAGCCUUUCACCACGGCCAAUCAAUGUUGCACACGUUCAUAAAAACAAAUAUAUAAAAUCUAAAUCUAUAUAGAGAUAUAUAUAUAUAAUAUACGUUCAUUCCUUUGGUUUAAUCUUCUCUUUUGUUUUAUGGCUUCACUAAGGUUUGUUUUUUGUUUUGUUGUUGGGUUUGUUUUUGUUCUUUAAUCCCUUUCUCAAACUGCCCUGGACCCAGAAAGAAAUGAGAUCAGAAAUCCUACAUGGAGCUACUUGAAAAAAAAAAAAUUAAAAUGUCAUGCCCAGAGGGAUUUUUGCCUUGAUGUUUAGAGUCACCUUUGAUUAUUACUCAAUGUCGUAUGCCUCGUGUGGUGUUUGAGACUUUGGUGCAUCUUUGACUCUGAAGCUGUGUGUAGUACCGUUAAUAAGCUGUGUUGUUGCUUGCUGUAAAGGCAAUUCAAUUGCUUCUUUUGUUUUAUUGUUAUUAUCAUUAUUAUUAUUAUUUUUAAAUAAGUGAAUUCUAAACUAAUCCUAACUGUGCCCGUCUCUUUUUCUUUUCUGUCACACAAUGAUAUUUCAUCAAGCACAUGGUCAACUCUAUUUAAAAAGAAGUGUAAGGAGGGGUAAGAGAAAAUCAAACCUUUUUAAAAAAAAAAAUAGGAAUUUUUUUAACAAUGCCUCUGUCUAGCAUGCCAAUAAGAAUGCAUUGAUAUUGUGAGCCUUUGUGAUAUACAUAUUAAUAAAUGGAACCAUUACAGAUUU